UGAAAUGGAAGGAGAGAGCAUGGCUACAUGUACUUUAGGUAGCCCUAUCCAGUCUGAUUCCGAGUCAACAGAUUCUACAGAGUCUGAGUCCACAGAUGCUUCACCCACUAAGAAACAGAGAGUUGAUGACUCAGAUGAAGAGUCAUCUAACAGCUCACCUGGUGGAAGAACAACUGCAGAAGUGGAGAAAACACCCAAAGAGGAAGGGGACCAAUGUAUUGCAGAAACAAUUGUGUUUUCUCUCCUUCAAAAACAACGCCACCCAGAGUUUGAAAAUCAUAUUGUGCCAAAUAUUUAUAUUGACCAAUAUAAUUUCAGAAUUUUCAUGUAUGAUGCAGAUGGAGAUUUUCUUAUAUCUACUGCCCUUGUACCACUUUUUUAUGAGGGAACUUUAAGUCCUGCAGCAAUAAUCUGCCUUUGGAUGGUUUUGCAUUAUAGAUUAUUUUGUACCAAAAUUAGAGAGGGUGAACGACUUAAGUCACGGUUCAUGGAGUUAACUAACAUAACUCGUGAAAUUUAUUCCAACAGUUUAAAAUUCCAUGUGUCGUCUUUUCCUACACAAAAGCAGCACAGUUUACCUGACAUUUUGGAUCCAUUUAAUUUUCAUAGGGAUGAAAAUUGAAAAGAUGUAGGUACAGUAUAUGUCUACAAUGAAGCUCAUUAAAUUAAUUAAAUGAUGAAACACACUUUUAAACUUUACCUGCUGCAAAGUCAGACUUUGCUUAAAUUUUGAUAUUAUUAUAAGUUUAAUUUUAUUUAAGCUCACCUGAGAGAAAGGCUCAAGUGAGAUUUUUUUUAUUGAAGUUUGUCCAUUGUCAGUCCAUCUAUCUGUUAACUUUACUAAUCACAUUUUCAACUUCUCCAAAAGCACAUGGCCAGAUUUAGCA